AUGGAUCCGGAGAGGAUUCAGGAGAUGGUUCAGGAGAUGGAUCUGAAAAUGGAUGCAACAAUUCCAGCACAUACAAAUGCAAAAACACCUACAGCAUCUAUAAGUGCAACAGCAGCCCCAGCAUCUAAAACUCCAAUAACAGCUCUGCCCUCUGCCAAUGCAACUGCAGCAUCUACAAAUGCAAAAACAACUACAGCAUCUAUAAGUGCAACAGCAGCCCCAGCAUCUAAAACUCCAAUAACAGCUCUGCCCUCUGCCAAUGCAACUGCAGCAUCUACAAAUGCAAAAACAACUACAGCAUCUAUAAGUGCAACAGCAGCCCCAGCAUCUAAAACUCCAAUAACAGCUCCGCCCUCUGCCAAUGCAACUGCAGCAUCUACAAAUGCAAAAACAACUACAGCAUCUAUAAGUGCAACAGCAGCCAGACCAUCUAAAACUCCAAUAACAGCUCUGCCCUUUGCCAAUGCAACUGCAGCAUCUACAAAUGCAAAAACAACUACAGCAUCUAUAAGUGCAACAGCAGCCCCAGCAUCUAAAACUCCAAUAACAGCUCCGCCCUCUGCCAAUGCAACUGCAGCAUCUACAAAUGCAAAAACAACUACAGCUUCUAUAAGUGCAACAGCAGCUCCAGCAUCUAAAACUCCAAUAACAGCUCUGCCCUCUGCCAAUGCAACUGCAGCAUCUACAAAUGCAAAAACAACUACAGCAUCUAUAAGUGCAACAGCAGCCCCAGCAUCUAAAACUCCAAUAACAGCCCUGCCCUCUGCCAAUGCAACUGCAGCAUCUACAAAUGCAAAAACAACUACAGCAUCUAUAAGUGCAACAGCAGCCCCAGCAUCUAAAACUCCAAUAACAGCUCUGCCCUCUGCCAAUGCAACUGCAGCAUCUACAAAUGCAAAAACAACUACAGCUUCUAUAAGUGCAACAGCAGCCCCAGCAUCUAAAACUCCAAUAACAGCUCUGCCCUCUGCCAAUGCAACUGCAGCAUCUACAAAUGCAAAAACAACUACAGCUUCUAUAGGUGCAACAGUAGCCCCAGCAUCUAAAACUCCAAUAACAGUUCUGCCCUCUGCCAAUGCAACUGCUGCAUCUACAAAUGCAAAAACAACUACAGCAUCUAUAAGUGCAACAGCAGCCCCAGCAUCUAAAACUCCAAUAACAGCUCUGCCCUCUGCCAAUGCAACUGCAGCAUCUACAAAUGCAAAAACAACUACAGCAUCUAUAAGUGCAACAGCAGCCCCAGCAUCUAAAACUCCAAUAACAGCUCUGCCCUCUGCCAAUGCAACUGCAGCAUCUACAAAUGCAAAAACAACUACAGCUUCUAUAAGUGCAACAGCAGCCCCAGCAUCUAAAACUCCAAUAACAGCUCUGCCCUCUGCCAAUGCAACUGCAGCAUCUACAAAUGCAAAAACAACUACAGCUUCUAUAAGUGCAACAGCAGCCCCAGCAUCUAAAACUCCAAUAACAGCUCUGCCCUCUGCCAAUGCAACUGCAGCAUCUACAAAUGCAAAAACAACUACAGCUUCUAUAAGUGCAACAGCAGCCCCAGCAUCUAAAACUCCAAUAACAGCUCUGCCCUCUGCCAAUGCAACUGCAGCAUCUACAAAUGCAAAAACAACUACAGCAUCUAUAAGUGCAACAGCAGCCCCAGCAUCUAAAACUCCAGUAACAGCUCUGCCCUCUGCCAAUGCAACUGCAGCAUCUACAAAUGCAAGAGCAACUGCAGCAUCCACAAGUGAAAUGGCAGCUAAAGUCUCUGCAAAUACAACAACUCCAGCAUCUUUGAGUUCAAUGGCAGCUCCAGUAUCUAAAAGAACAACAACUCUACCCACUGCUAAUACAACCAUUCCAUCAUUUACAAAUGCAAGAACAACUGCAGCAUCUACAAGUAAAAUUGCAACUAAAGCCUCUACAAAAUCAACAACAACAACUCCGGCAACUACAAGGGCCACUACAGUCCCAUUACCUGCAAAAACAACUAAAGCCAUCACACGUACAACAGCUGCACCAAGAACCACUGUUAUUCAGCUGUUGGUGUUCUCUUCGCCUGAAAUAUUUAUAGUUGAUUUGUUCAACCCUCAGUCCCAGGCUUUCAAGAACAGAGCCAAUAGGAUAAGAGAUCAGCUUGAACCUAUAUUCAGGAGAAUAUACAUUUUUUUCUUUCGGAUCAUCGUGAUACGGUUUAGGCCUGGGUCCAUUGUUUCUGAAGUACAAAUGGUCUUCAACAAAUCUGGUACCGUGCCCAACACCACUGAGGUGGCAACAACACUGAAACAGGCAGUGGAAAGUGGGAAUGUGACCAUGCCCAUCGAUAUCACCUCAAUCUCUGUCACCGCACUCCUAAAUGAAGCACCAACUACAGCAACUACAAAUGAAACAUCAGCUCCAGCCUCUGCAAAUGCAUCAUCUGCCCCAACUACAAAUGCAACAUCAACUCCAGCACUCCUAAAUGAAGCACCAACUACAGCAACUACAAAUGCAACAUCAGCUCCAGGUUCUGCUAAUGCAUCAACUGCAGCAACUACAAAUGCAACAUCAGCUCCAGCCUCUGCAAAUGCAUCAACUGCAGCAACUACAAAUGCAACAUCAGCUCCAGCCUCUGCAAAUGCAUCAACUGCUGCAACUACAAAUGCGACAUCAGCUCCAACCUCUACAAAUGCAUCAACUGCAGCAACUACAAAUGCAACAUCAGCUCCAGCCUCUGCAAAUGCAUCAACUACAAGAGCAACAUCAGCUGGUCACUUUUUCACAAUUUCAAGAGCAACUGCGGCACCUACAAGAGCUCCAGCACCGAUAAGUUCAGCCACUGCCACAAAACCUACAACAUCAGAAAGCACUGCGAUUGUGCUUUUGCAGUUCACCUCUGAUGAAACAUUUGAUCCUCAACUGUCCGACCAAACCUCCCUGGCAUUCAGGAACAGAGUCAGUCUGACAAGAAGACAGCUCGAACCUGUGUUCAGGAGGGAAUUCACCACCUUCAUUCAGGUGGUAGUGUUUAGGUUUAGGAGUGGCUCGAUUGUCACUGAAGCAGGUGUGGUCUUCAGAAAUUUGGGCUCUGUGCCCAGCAUCGAUCAGGUGGUUGCAGUCCUGAUUAAGGCGGUGCAAAACGGGGAAGUGACCAUCCCUAUCACCUCAGGCUCUGCCAUCACCUCAGUCUCUGCCACAAGUCCCUCUUCCAGUGGUGUCUCACCUGUUCCUCCCUCAGUGUUCAGCUGCUUCCUGCUGGCCUGGUGUUCCCUGCUGCUGGCUAAAGUGCUCAACUUAUCAUAAAACAGAGAUGCGUGCACAGAGAUGCAUAAUUUCUCAUGCAUUCCUGCUCUAAACGGCUACAUAUGCAUGCAUGCACACACACACAUACACACACACAUGCAUCAUCUACCUUUUGUGCAUGCUUACAGGAUUAGCCGAAUCAUUUAUUGAACUUAAUGCAUAAACUCGCAGAGGAAACUGCACUUUAUAUACACUCUCAGCUCCUGCCCCUCAGCCAAGCCUAGCAUGGUUCAAAAAGCAGUUAUAACACACAUUGAUACGUAGUAAGUAUUUUGUGGCAAGCGGAGGUACAUGUAUUCAUUUACCUUCGUUUCAGCAGGUAGACGUUUUACCUGAGAAGUCAAUUCUCGUUUGCAGUGCUGGCCCAGGCAAUCUACAUGGGCAGAGAAUGCUAGGACGUGUGUAUCCUCACACCUGGGUCGAAGGUGUCACACUUACCUGAUAAAAAAAUGUGCAUGAGCAAAUGUAUUUAUUUAAUAUUUUAUGUUCUUUAUUCUGUGCACUGAAUCAUUUUGUCUGUAUCUUUGUAUUGGCAGUUCAUACUUAAUUUGUCCUCUGAGGUAAAAUAAAGAG